UCUGUGAGCGGCAUCAGUAACAGUAUUCACCCCGGCAAAUAUCUGGUAGUGUUGGACCUCAGACCACAAAUACUCCGGGUUCAUAGACUGCUGCCAUGUUGCGUUAUUUGUUUUGGAUUGAUGCGCAUUGCAAAGUUUUGUUUAGACAUAUACAACAGCGUGCUUUUGUGUGAUGGGUCCAAACCACCGAUGCAUUAGGCAGAUGCAAAAAAUACUAUUAAAACUAUUCGGAUGUAAGUGGACAGUGGGUGUAUGACGAGAGCUGGCUGAGUUAUCAUCUGUUUAAAAUGAUGCUUCCACUGGAAUACACAUUUAAAGUUCUUGGACCGGCCGGGUUUUCUCUUUACUUUGUAAUCACAGCUGGACUUCUGUCCUCGCUCGAGAGCACAAAAACGAGCCGAUUUAAGUCAGAAACAGGUCCUUCUCUUGAUGGAGUUUCCGACUAUGAAGUUGUUCAUCCUGUCAGAGUGGAUUCAAUUGGACACUUUCUGUCAAAUCAUGUUUCCCACCGUGUGAGUCGAGUUCAGAGAAGAGAGACGGGAAAGACCCCAGAGCGUCCGCCCCAGGUUUUCUACCAUCUGCAGUAUGGUGGUCAAGAGCUGCACUUUAAUCUCACGCUGAACCCUCAUCUGCUGGCACCCGGCUUCGUCACGGAGCGCAGAUAUGGUGGUCUUCAAGGGUCCACGCUACAUGGCCAUGGACAUUCUCUCUGUUACUUUUUGGGAGACGUGAGGAGCAGCACGCUGAAUGGGGGUCAAGCGUCUGUGAGCACCUGCAGUGGCCUGUCCGGACUCUUCCAACUCUCUGGAGAGGAAUUCUUCAUUAGCCCCUUGGAACCGACACCAGAAGAGUCCACACCGCAGGCUCAUGCCAUCUAUAAGCGACACGCUGACCAGUCAGAACACCAGCUGCCGCAGUCUCUGUUUGGGGAGCACAUGGGCAACGGGACCUGCGGGGUCAAAGAUCCUCGGGGAGUCGUGGAGCAGGUGGACAGGCGGAGAGAGCGCUGGGAAAGACGACAGCGCCGCAGACGGAUUACGCAGCGCUCUAUAAGCACGGAGAAGUGGGUAGAGACUCUGGUGGUGGCCGAUCCUAAAAUGGUGGAGUACCACGGUAGCAAAGGAGUCGUGAGCUAUGUGCUCUCAGUCAUGAAUAUUGUCGCAGGUCUGUUUCGGGACGCCAGCAUUGGAAAUGCCAUCAACAUUGUAGUUGUGCGUCUCAUUCUGCUGGAAAAUGACGAGGAGGAUUUAAAGAUUAGUCAUCAUGCAGACAACAGUCUCAACAGCUUCUGUAAAUGGCAGAAGAACAUUAAUAUGAAAGGUGAUGAGCAUCCAGUUCAUCAUGACGUGUCUGUUCUGCUCACCAGGAAAGACAUCUGCGCAGCUAUAAAUAAGCCAUGCGAGACGUUAGGUCUGUCUCACGUGGCUGGAAUGUGUCAACCUCAUCGCAGCUGCAGCAUCAAUGAAGAUACGGGCCUGCCCGUCGCAUUUACAAUAGCACAUGAGCUCGGCCACAACUUUGGAGUGCAGCAUGAUGGCCAUGGUAAUGAUUGUGAGCCCAUCGGGAAAAGACCCUUUGUGAUGUCUCCCCAGCUUCUGUACGGCACGUCUCCACCAAACUGGUCCCGCUGCAGCCGCGACUACAUCACACGCUUCCUCGAUCGUGGUUGGGGCUGGUGUUUGGAUGACCCUCCGGUCAGGAACGAGCUGGAAAUGCAGUCUGCUCCCCCCGGCGUGCUGUACAGCGCUGCUCACCAAUGCAAACUCCAGUACGGAUCCUCUUCCGUUCUCUGCGAUGACGUGGAUAACAUCUGCAGUACGCUGUGGUGCACCGUGGAUUCCACCUGUCAUUCAAGACUGGAUGGUGCUGUGGAUGGUACCAAGUGUGGUGAGGACAAGUGGUGUUUUGAUGGAGAGUGUGUGCCGAUGGGUUCCCGGCCUGCGAGGGUGAAUGGAGGAUGGGCUUCGUGGAGCGAGUGGUCCGAGUGCACUAGGACGUGCAGGGUAGGGGUUCAGAGCGCCCACAGGGACUGCGUUAACCCUGUACCCAAACAUGGAGGUAAAUAUUGUCUCGGAGAGCGUCGCAGAUAUCGAACAUGUAACCGAGACCGCUGUCCACCGGACCAGCCCAGCUUCAGAUACAUCCAGUGUAACCGCUUCAACACCAUCCCUUACAAGGGAAAGUUUUAUAAAUGGACACAUGUGAAUAACAGAGUUAAUCCGUGUGAGCUGCACUGUAGACCUGUGAAUGAACAUUUCUCAGAGCGGAUGCUGGACACGGUCAUCGACGGCACACGCUGCUAUGAAGGCGCUCACAGUCGGGACAUCUGCAUCAACGGCAUUUGCAAGAAUAUCGGCUGUGAUUAUGAGAUCGACUCGGAUGCUGUCGAGGAUCAGUGUGGCGUGUGUCAUGGAAACGGUUCUACGUGUGAAACUGUCAGAAAGACUUUUGAGAACAGUGAAGGACUUGGAUAUGUGGACAUAGGUCUAAUUCCAGAAGGGGCACGGGACAUCCGUAUCGAGGAAGUUGCUGAGGCUGGGAACUUUUUGGCAUUACGCAGUAAUGACCCUGAAAAAUAUUUCCUGAAUGGUGGAUGGACUAUCCAAUGGAACGGGGAAUACAAGGCUGCGGGAACGAUAUUCACUUACGAGAGGAAUGGACAACUGGAAAAUCUCUCUUCUCCAGGACCAACUAUGGAACUGGUGUGGAUACAGCUGCUCUUUCAGGAGACAAAUCCAGGAGUGAGAUACGAGUACACUAUAAGUACCACUCUUGUGGAGUCAAACAAUGGGUCUGCAUCUUAUUUCCAGUGGAUGUACGGUGCCUGGACCGAGUGCAGCGCUACAUGUGGAAGUGGUGCACAAAGACAAGCCGUGCACUGUGUGGAGAGAACAUCUGGAAUAGUUGAGGAACAAUACUGUGAUCCGUCGACCAGACCAGACGACAAACAGACUAGUUGUAAUAAGGAGCCGUGUCCAGCCAUGUGGUGGGUCGGGGACUGGCAGAAGUGCUCUUCGACUUGCGGUGACAUGAGCAUCAGUAAGAGAACAGUGCUCUGUAUUCAGAGUGUUGGGUUGGAUGAGCGGAAAGCACUGCUGCCUUCUGAAUGUCAACACUUGUCCAAGCCCGAAGCAAUUGCACCUUGCAACACACAUGUGCUUUGCCCUGCAGACUGGAUAACUGGAAACUGGUCAGAGUGUUCGGUGAGCUGUGGAGCAGGUCUCCGGACACGUCACGUGACCUGCAGCUGGAAUACCGGUGUGGAUUGCGAUCCAAAAGUCAAGCCUGAUUCAACCACAUCGUGCUAUGCUCAGAACUGCCCCACGGACUCCGACACCUUUGGCAGUGAUUGGUCAGGAAGUGGAGCGUCUAGCAAAGAAGUAUUCAAUGAGAUAAACGCGAUACCUCAUGGCAACCACGUGCCCAAAUUUGGCAUUGGUUCAAUAAGGAGUCAGCCCAAGGGCAACGUUGACCUCAAUGAUAUAGUGGAAGAUGAUUUCUCACAUUAUAGCCAUGUAGAAAAGUCUUCCGAAAAUUCUGUCGCGGACAAUCUUCUAGUGGACGAUUUUUAUUAUGACUAUAAUUUUAUUAAAUUUCACGAGGAUCUGUCGUAUGACUUUGAUAGAGAUGGCAAUGAUGUGUAUGAGAACUUGGGAGUGAAAGAUGGAGAUCUGAAAGGGACAGAUGUACCUGUAACAUCUACCUCAUUGCCGUCCACCAUUAUGGAUAAACACGUAACCACCGCUGUGCCGUCUGACAGCACUACCAGCAAAAAUACACAUGGUAAUGACUUGCUAGGUGAAAAUAACGACAAGCUUUUUGCCGAAGACUAUUUCCUUCCUGUCAUCACAACAUCUGAACCGUCCUCUACAGGUGCAAGGUUAUUUAACAAAUGGAAUGCAUCAGACUUUGAUCUUGGCUUACCUCAUGACUCCAGUACUACCAAAAACCCUCCACCAGCUCCAGGAACCUUGCAUCAACCUCAGGACAACCACACAUAUGAAGCUAUGCUGAAGGAGUUUUUGACACCUGAACCACUUGAGACAUCUGACAGAGAUGACAGAACUGAAGAUGUGAGGAACGAAGAGAAGUUUGGUGAUGAUGUUCCUGGAGGUGAAGGUGACUGGAAAAGCGGUCAAACAUUUAAACCGCCAUUAGAUGUGUUUCCAUCCAAAUGGAGUACGACGGCCUCUCCGACAAGCACAACUUCACACUCAUCUGAGCGACUCUCUUCCACUGAUGGCUUUGCAAACUAUGAAGAUUUGACUGAAUCAAAAACGUACAAUGAGAAUCAUGAACAAUGGUUCGCAGAGAGAGAUACUGUGACCUCGGAUAGCCUUUCUCAAGAUUUCACUCCCUCUCCAACUUCCUCCAGUUCAGCCAAACUUUACAGUAGUAUGACCUCAACAGCUGGAACAACUGCUCUACCUCCUACAGAUGUGGAAAGCCAUUUGGAGCCCCUUGUGACUGAAAUUCCAGACGCUACAUUUGGAACGGAGACAGAACGGAGUUGGACGUUCAGAGCCAGAGCGACUGUAGCUCAGUAUCCCAGCACAGAGCCUUGGGGUACCCCGGUCCCUCAUUGGACCGAGAUUGAUAACAAUGAGAUUAAAACAACCCGAAUCCUGACCCCUGUUGGUCUGAACCCAACGCUCUUUACUCCUAAUGAGCAGACAUCUCAGGGCACCGGCAGCAAUCCUUUUUCAAGCCCGCCGGUGCCUAUCGCGCUGGUGCCAUCUUCUUCCUCCCCUGCAUACUGGAGAAAAGGCAACUGGAGCGCAUGCUCAACAAGUUGUGGUCUUGGUGCCAUCUGGAGGUCGGUGUCGUGCAGCACUGGUGAUGAAGCCGACUGCGACAUUACCACCAGACCAGUGCCAGCGCGUCGCUGCUACCUUAGACCCUGCGCCGCAUGGAAGAUUGGAAACUGGAGCAAAUGCUCAAACAACUGUGGCGGAGGAGUGAAACGGCGAGAGAUCCAGUGUUACGACACGCGGGAUCUGAGGUCACUGCGGCCAUUUCAUUGCCAGGCAACGAGCCCCAGACCUCCUGUCCAAAUGACCUGUAGCAUACAGACGUGUUUAGAGUGGUACACCUCAUCUUGGGGACCGUGUUCAGAGUUGUGUGGAGGUGGAGAACAGCAGAGACUGGUAACGUGUCCUGAAACUGGGAGAUGUAAUGAGGACGUACAGCCUAGCUACAUUCAGGCGUGCAACGUGCAUCCGUGCACACAGUGGGUGACGGGGUCCUGGGGUCAGUGUUCAGCGUCUUGUGGAGGAGGGAUUCAGAGACGUCUGGUGAAAUGUGUCAACACUAAAGCCGAACUGGAGGAAGAAAAUGAGCACAUAGAUUGUGAUCAUGAACCCCGACCGAAGAACACACGAAAGUGUAACAUUCAAGAAUGUGAUGGCGCCCCCUCUGGUCAGCCGUGUUUACGUGACCAUUUGACACUCCGCUUCUGUCAGACUCUGCUGUGGCUCGGCCGAUGCCAGCUGCCGUCGGUCCGGACGCAGUGCUGUAAGACGUGCGGGCUGAACUCGAGGGGCAGCGAUCGAACCACACGCCGCUGAGAGUCGAGGGGAUUUAACACUCAUCCGGACCUGCUUCCAUUGAACAGGACCAAGACGGUUCUCAGUUGGUUUGGUUUCAGGAUACAGAAACAAGAUUUAUACCGUAGCAAAAUUGUUAUAUAAAUGUGUACAAAAUGUCGAUUCUAAAAACGGAUAUCUUUGACUUAACCUCAUGUUUUCCAAGGCAUAACUAAUGCUUUUUUUUAAAUAUUAUGUUUUUAUUUUAGAAACUGAGACCACAUACAAAAAACGUAUAAAAACAGUAUAGGGAAGCAGCAACUGCAAAAAACGAAUGCUUUAAUGUGACAAGCUUAAUAGUAACUAUAGGGCUGGGUAUCUAUUCUGAUGUUCCGAUUCGAUUCGAUUCCGAUUCUCGAUUCGAGUCAAUGAUUACCCAGAUAG